AUGGGAGAUAUCGAAUGCAGGCGACAUGACGCCCUUUUAUUCAUUCCGGCCACCAAACAUGCCACGCCCCUCUCUCCGUCCUCCAUGCCCACCACCCGCUCCCGCACCGGCCUCUUCCUCUCCUACCGCAACUCUCGCCCGCCUACCAACACACGCCACCCCCUCUACGACGACGAGCACCACAGCCUCAUCCCACACAACCAUGUCGCACUCGACAUCCCCGUCCUCCCUCCCGUCUGGGUCGAUAUCUCGGAUCAAGUAGAGGACCUCCUGGCCAAUGCCCAAGCGAAGAUCCACUCCCUCGACAAGCUUCACGCCAAACAUGUCCUUCCGGGCUUCUCAGACCGCUCCCAGGAGGAACGCGACAUCGAGGCCCUCACAACUGACAUCACACGAGACUUUCGCCGCUGCCAAUCCCUCAUCCAGAACAUAUCCUCCAACCAACAUCCAUUCCCUCCAAUCCAGUCCCACCAGUCCCGCGCCGCCAAAAAUGUCCAGCGUGGCCUCGCUGCAAAGGUCCAGGAUCUCAGCGCCACCUUCCGCAAGAAGCAACGUGUCUACAUGGAAAAGCUCCAAGGUCAUGCGGCCAAGAAUCAAGAUCUCCUCGUCGCUUCUGGCGCCGUGUCCCUGCGAGGUUCCGAAGGCAUGAACGCCGUCGAUGACGAUAUCCAAGCUGCCUCGCACACGAGGGCCCAGUCCCAGUCCCAGCUCUUGCUCAAUGCAGGCCCGUCCCAUGAGCUGCAAGCACGCGAACGAGAACUCACCGAGAUUGCAAAAUCGAUCGCCUCCCUGGCCGAGCUCUUCAAGGACCUCUCCGUCCUCGUCAUCGAUCAGGGCACCCUGCUCGACAGCGUCGAGUACAACAUCGAGCAGACAGCCGUCCAUAUGGAAGAUGCCGUGCAGGAGCUCAAAGUCGCCACUCGGUACCAGAAGAGCACAGGGAAGCGGAAAUGCAUCUUCCUGCUGCUUCUCAUCAUCUUUGGCUUGAUCCUUGUCCUCAUCUUCAAACCUCGACGACACCACGCGCAGGCGCCUCCUCCCCCAACAGUAUCUAUUCUUCCCAUUGGCCCCAUACCCCCAAGACGGACUGGUGAUUCUUCUGUAUUUACGAGACGGCUUUCUUCUCGGACUAGACCACGAUAUCUUAUCCCAUAG